AUGGAUUACUCCAGCUCUGGGACUUGGCCUUCUCAGGUGCCGGCACCAGAAAAGUCUAGCCAGCUGUACAUUCGGGACUACCCCCAUCGCUCCAUCGCAAUAGUUUCGUCCUCUCAUGCUCUCAUAUUUCGCUACAGCUCCUCGAGCGCCGGCGCAAACGGCUCCCUUGCCUCCCUCGCAUCCACCCGUUCACGACCCAAUGGCGACCCUGCUGCGUCGAAAUGCAUGGUCGAGUUUACUCAGAUCACAAAAAAGACGCUUGCCGAAUACCGACCGCUGACCCCACGACCCAUCUUUGGAACGUUGGGUUUGAUUUCUGUCGAGGGCGACGUGUUCCUUUCCGUUGUGACACAUGCCACAAGAGUCGCUACCCUUAGGCCGGGGGAGACCGUGGAACGGAUUGCGAGCGUUGCAUUCUUCUGCCUCAACAGAAGCGAGUGGGACGAUGUUGUCUCUCUCGAUCCUCUAGAUUCCGAGGUCUCGGAUGCCAACUCUGUGUAUGGCCAGAACCUCAGAGGGCGGGAGCUUCAGGUGGAACAUCCUUGUACGGACCUUCGGAAACUUCUGGGAAAUGGAACAUUCUACUACAGCACCGACUUCGAUCUCACCAAUAGGUUGCAAGAUAGGACCGUGAAUUCUUAUACUUUUGACAUUGACAACUUUGACGAUUCCUUCCUGUGGAACUCGUACAUGAUCAGCCCAUUGGUCCAGUUUAGGUCUCGACUGCAGCCCCAGGAGCGCGAAGCUUUGGAUUCAUCACGAUUCCUCACAUCUGCUAUCCGUGGGUUCUGUCGGACAAUGGCCAUCCCCCAGACGAGUGCUCCUCUCAAAACGCGAUCAACCGGGCUACCAUCGUACCUGACCGUUGUAUCAAGACUCUCUUGUCGCAGAGCAGGAACCCGAUUCAACUCCAGAGGUAUUGACGAUGACGGCAACGUGGCAAACUUUGUCGAGACAGAAACCAUAUACUGGAGCCCCGGCGGGACUCUCUUUUCCUAUGCUCAAGUCAGAGGUUCAGUUCCUCUAUUUUGGGAACAGACUGCGGAGCUCAUCCCUGGCAAGCAAAACAUUACCGUUAUCAGGUCCCCUGAGGGAGCCCAGCCGGCCUUCAAUAAACACUUUGCGGACCUGGAGCAAGCCUACGGCGCCGUUCACGUGGUCAAUCUUCUGAGUGAAGGCAAACCUGGCGAGGCGCAGCUCAGUCAGUUGUACCAUCUCGGUGUAGAACAUUGUCCAUUAAGCCAGGUUGGGGAGCACGAGUCGCAAGACCAUGCGCUGUUGAGAGAGACCCACUACGACUUCCAUGCCGAGACGAAAGGCCCCGGAGGGUACGAGGCUGCGCGCCAGAUCCGCAGAUACAUUGAGAACUCGAUAGACGGCUUCGCCUACUACUUGGCGGAGCAGAAUGAAGAUCUAGGCGCUGAGGCCAACGACGGUCAAGGCUCAAGCCGUAUGGUAGUGGUUCUCCAGCAAGAGGGCGUGUUCCGAACAAACUGUCUCGACUGUCUGGAUAGGACAAACUUGAUCCAGACCCUCAUCUCUCAGAUGGCUACAGAGGCUUUCCUGGGCCAUCGAGGCGAGUACGCCACCUCGGAUUUUUGGAUGCGGCACUCGACCUUGUGGGCAGACAACGGAGACGCUCUUUCGAAGAUCUACGCGGGAACUGGUGCACUCAAAUCGUCCUUUACCCGUUCUGGAAAAAUGUCCCUGGCUGGAGCUGUUGCAGACAUGCGCAAAUCUGUGCAGCGUCUCUAUCACAAUAAUUUCACAGAUUCGGCUAGGCAAACGACCAUUGACCGGCUGCUGGGAAGGCUGGUCAACCAACUACCCGUUCUUCUUUUCGACCCUAUAAGUGAUUACGUUUCUGGAGAAUUAACAAAGAGAAGCGCUGAGUUCUCGUCCACACAGGACAUAAGCAUGUUGGUCGGUACUUUCAACCUUAACGGUCGCACUGAAGGCGUCGAUAGCGAUCUUGAUGCAUGGUUGUCUCCAGCAGAACUUGGCAAUGUGCAGCCCGAAAUAGUUGCUGUUGGAUUCCAAGAGAUUGUCGAGUUGAGCCCACAACAAAUCAUGAACAGCGACCCCUCAAGGAAACAACUUUGGGAAGCUGCAGUCAGAAGAUGCCUCAAUAAACGCGCCAAGUCGCUUGAUGGAGAGAGAUACGUAUUGCUCCGGAGUGGACAACUCGUCGGCGCGGCAUUAUGCAUUUUUGUCAAGGCAUCGGCCUUGGCCAACAUUAAGAAUGUUGAGGGAAGCGUAAAGAAAACGGGGCUAUCGGGAAUGGCCGGCAACAAAGGAGCGGUUGCCAUACGAUUUGACUACGCGAAUACCCAUAUCUGCUUCGUGACAGCCCAUUUGGCUGCCGGAUUUUCGAAUUAUGACGAGAGAAAUAGAGACUACGCAACGAUUCACCACGGGCUACGCUUUCAGCGAAAUCGUGGGAUCGAUGAUCACGAUGCCGUUGUUUGGCUGGGAGACUUCAACUACAGAAUUGGCCUCAGUUCUGAGAACGCCCGCAGUCUAAUCAAAAAGGGCGAUCUAGAGACACUUUACGAGAACGAUCAGGCGAGACUUGCGUUUCCCUUUUAUUCAGAGGCCCGUAUCAAUUUCCUGCCUACAUACAAGUUCGAUCUUGGCACGGACAAUUAUGAUACUUCCGAGAAAGCCCGUAUCCCAGCCUGGACCGAUCGCAUUCUGCGCAAGGGUGGGAGCCUGCGUCAACUAGCGUACAACUCAGCUCCUCUCAAGUUCUCGGAUCACCGGCCAGUGUACGCUCUAUUCCAGUGCAACGUCAGUAUUGUCGAUGAAGCUUUCCGAGAUCAAAUCAGCAAAGAGCUAUACCAACGGCGAAAGGCCGAAGUUGGAGACACGACGGCAAAUCUGGACUCAGAGGAAACCGACGAUGAGGAUCUGAUUGGCUAUGAAGCCAUCGAGCCUGGGCUGCCUCCUGCCAGCUCCGACCGCCAGAAAUGGUGGUUGGAGAACAAGCAGCAGGCCAGAGUUGACAUCAAGCAACCGACGGCUCCCGAGGGCCACGCCGCAAUACUCAACCCUAAUAGGGCGCCCAAUCCUUUCACGCCGACUGGAGAGCCUGACUGGGUCAACGUACCCAGGUCAAGAUUGUCGUCUUUCUCCAGCGUAUCAACUUCGCCAUACGAGCACGUUUCUGCGCCCAAUGAUCUCUCGUCGUCGGCAACGAACCGGAUAACCAGGAAGCUGCCUCCGCCUUUUGAUCCGUCAGGCAUGCCAGGAAAAUUUAACGGCCUCAGCAUCAAAGAUGAAAAGUCGCAACGCGGAGAAACGCCUCCUCCGCCACCGCCGCCUAGAAGACAGACGGGAGCAAGCGCAGCAAUCCAGCACCCACCACUGAUACCCUCCAAUAAAUCGCGAAAUACGACAACUACGCCUCCUCCUCCGCGACCGUCAUCCGCCAUUUCCCAGCUUUCGCAGGUGUCGUCACAAUCCAAAUCCAAACCGGCACCACCUGUGGCGAAGAAGCCGGCACACCUGGUUACAGCACCGGCUGCAGCAUCAUCAGCUCUGAGUAGCAAUGGGAUGGGUCAGUAUAGAGAUGAGCCGGAAGAAAAACCACCACUGCCUGUCCGAGCUUCGACAGGCUUCACGAAUCUGGGUGCGAGUAGGGAGGGCACUCUCCGUAAGCCAGUAGGUACGCCGGCUAAGCCUCCCAAGCGAGCGGGAACCAUGACUAUUGAGUCCGGGAGGCACACUCCGAUGGCUGGGGCCGUCGCUCUACCGGGAAUGAGGGCUGGUGAGGAACGACCAAAGCCAAAGAUCCCGGCAAAGAAGAAGGCGCCGGUAGACUUGCUAGACUCACUGGGUGACGAUGGACCCAGCGACAUGGGAAGCUGGGAGACGUUGGUUCCCAGCUCUCAGAGAUGA